UUUCGGAAAAAUGGUUCGGAGCUGGACAGCACAUAUUAAGAAUAAAUAAUAAAACAAAUACAGUUGGAAAACAAACACGUAGCUUCACAAACUCAAAACCAGCUUUCAUCAAUAAUAUAUUUAUUCAUUUAAUCGACCUACAAUAGCAGGAUCAUCUUUUUAAAAGAGUGAGACAUGGCAGAGGAGCGCAGACAGAAGCUGUGUUCAGUGAUCCUGCCCACUGAAUCCAUGAAGGCAGUGGCGGAGUCAGUGGGUGUGGGAUCUCUGCAGGAGGACAGCUGUCUGGCCCUCAGUGAAGAGGUCAGCUACAGGAUCAAAGAGAUUACGCAGGACGCUCUGAAGUUUAUGCACCAUGGGAAGAGGCGCAAACUUACUACUAGUGACAUCGACAACGCACUUAAACUAAAGAACGUUGAGCCGCUGUAUGGCUUCCAGUCUCAAGAGUUUAUUCCGUUUCGCUUCGCAAGUGGAGGCGGUAGAGAGUUGCACUUCUAUGAAGAAAAGGAAGUGGAUCUCAGUGACAUCAUCAACACACCCCUCCCACGAGUCCCUCUUGAUGUAUCGCUCAAAGCUCACUGGUUAAGUAUUGAUGGUGUCCAGCCUGCAAUACCAGAGAACCCACCGCCCGCCCCUAAAGAGCAGCAGAAGGCAGAAUCCACAGAGCCCCUCAAAGCUGUCAAACCUGGACAGGAAGAGGAAGGCUCUAUCCAGUCCAAGGGUCAGGGUGCAACCUCUGCAGAAGUCAAAGCAAAGGAGAAGUUCCGGAUGAAGCCACGUAGCACACAUGAGCUCUCCGUUGAGCAGCAGCUGUACUAUAAAGAGAUCACCGAAGCCUGUGUGGGCUCCUGUGAAGCCAAAAGAACGGAGGCACUGCAGAGCAUAGCCACAGACCCAGGACUGUACCAGAUGCUCCCGAGGUUCAGCACCUUCAUUUCUGAGGGUGUGCGUGUAAAUGUUGUUCAGAAUAAUCUGGCUCUGUUGAUAUACUUGAUGAGGAUGGUGAAGGCUUUAAUGGAUAAUCCGACUCUAUAUUUAGAGAAAUACCUGCAUGAGUUGAUUCCGGCAGUGGUGACGUGUAUUGUCAGUAAGCAGCUGUGCUUGAGGCCUGAUGUGGACAAUCACUGGGCUCUGCGAGACUUUGCUGCACGUCUAAUGGCUCAGAGCUGCAAGACCUUCAGCACCACGACCAAUAACAUCCAGUCACGAAUCACCAAGACCUUCACCAAGUCAUUGUUGGAUGAAAAGACACAGUGGACGACUCGUUACGGCUGCAUUGCCGGACUUGCUGAACUUGGCCAUGAUGUGAUAAAGACACUGAUCAUCCCGCGGCUGUCAUUAGAGGGAGCUCGUAUCAAAGCUGUGAUGGAUGGGCCAGUGCUGUCGAACAUUGAUAAGAUCGGCGCAGAUCAUGUUCAGAGUCUGUUAUUGAAACACUGUGCCAGUGUUAUUGCAAAAACUAGACCGGUCCCAGAUGUGGUGGAUCAAUAUAAAACAGAUUACGGUUAUCUGGGUCCCAUGCUGUGUUCACAUGUGGUGAAGGCCCGUGCACAGGCCGCCUUCCAGGCCCAAACGGUCAACAGAACAACACUCACCAUCACACAGCCACGUCCAACUCUGUCAAUGUCUCAAAGUGGCUUGGCAGCAUCCAGCGGUUCCCGCACACCCAGCAUCAUUAAAGUGCCCAGUUCUCUCACCCUCAUGUCCACUCGCCCUGGAACACCCACCCAGCCAUCACCUCCAGCAACCAAGUAUAUUGUCAUGGCAACAAGUGCGGGGACUGCCUCCACACAACAGGUUAUCACUCUCAGUUCUUCCCAGUCUGGAUCUCCCAUCACUAGUACAGUCCCCAGCACUCCCACCUCAUUACAGCCACUAGUCAAACUGGAGUCUGGAAACACAGGAGCUGUGGGCGGAUCACGUCCUAUGCAGAAAUACAUUGUGGUGUCUUUACCUUCAUGCUCUUCCUCACUGGAGAGCAAGAGCUCAGGCGUUCUCCCCUCCUCUACCUCACCCAUCAGCAUGGAGUCUACUGUGAAGCUGGAACGCUCCGAAUCAUUGACCACAAGCUUACAAUCGCCACACUGACACACUGACACACACACACUUUAUACAGAAAUUAAUUAUCAUACACAUGAAUUGACACUGUAUAUACAAUGUAUACUUUCCAACAUUAACACUCAAUCAUGUAUACACAUAAAUAUAUCUGCAUUCAGUAUAUACAUGCACACACACAAAGUUGCCAAUGUGGCUGCAAGGACAGAAGAUCUAACAGUGGCUACCAUACACACACAUCGCAACUUUGCAGAAAAUGACAGGAUGGAAGUUGAUUGUGGCUAGUGAUAAAAUAUUGCUGUUAGUGUGUGUAAAGAAAUGUCAGGACUUGUAGGUUCUGUGUUCGAGCACAGGGCUUUAGCGAUCUUUCAAUAAUAAAUAUAAGGAAGUUAUUCUUGUAUUUAUAAUAGGUGCUAAAGAGGACUGGAGUGAUUAAUCUGGAUUUUGUGGAUAGAAAAGAAAAAGACUGGGUGUUAUGCCUCCAUCCCUGUCUAAUAUACACAUGUAUAAUUAUGCACAUACAGUAUGUGGGCUUGUUGACAGAUAACUGGGCAU